AUGGCCAAAAAAUCUUUCAGACCAAAGGCACUUGUCCUACCGGUAACCAAAGAUCCAUCAACCCUUCAAUAUGUUACUCAAAUCGAGCAAAGGACACCUCUUGUGCCUAUUAAACUGAGUAUUCACCUUGGUGGACAGACCUUAUGGGUGGAUUGUGAAAAUGGAUACAACAGUUCAUCGUAUAGGUCUGCUCGGUGUCGCUCAGCUCAAUGCUCGAUUGCCAAGUCCCAUGCCUGUGGAGACUGCUUCACCCGUAUGCCUAAAAUCGGAUGCAGCAAUAAUGCCUGCUAUAAUACCCCGGAUAAUCCUGCUAUCAACACUUUCUACGAUGGUGGGGAGAUUUCUGAGGAUGUUUUGUCAAUCCAGUCCACCAACGGAUUCAACCCUGGCCAACUUGUUAACAUUUCACGAUUUAUUUUCUCGUGUGUUCCCUCAUUUCUGACAGCUGGGCUUGCUAACGGGGUUAAGGGUACGGCAGGGCUCGGGGGAAGCCUGAUCGCUCUACCUUCUCAACUUGCUCGUGUUUUCGGCUUUCAAAGAAAGUUCGCUAUUUGCUUGAGCUCCUCCACUCGAUCCAACGGCAUCGUAUUUUUCGGAAACGGCCCAUAUGUUUUGCUUCCUGGUAUUGAUGCGUCUAAGUCUCUUAGUUAUACACCACUUAUCAAGAAUCCGUUUGGCAUAGGAUCCGUCCCAUUUCUGAACGAGCCCUCUUCGGAAUACUUCAUUGGAUUAAAGUCGAUCAGAAUCAACGGAAAAUCACUCCAACUAAAUAAAACUUUGCUAUCAAUUGACAAGGAAGGUAAUGGUGGAACCAAAAUCAGCACCUUUAGAUCUUACACUGUAAUGCAGACUUCUAUUUACAAUGCUUUGAUUACUGCUUUCAACAAAGAACUAGCCAAUGUCACUAGAGUGGUUCCUGUAGCACCAUUUGGGGUAUGCUUCGACUCUAAAAACAUUGGUAGCACGCGAGUAGGGCCUGCUGUUCCUCCCAUUGAUCUUAUCUUCAAAGGCAACAAGGUGUACUGGAGUAUUUUUGGCGCAAACUCGAUGGUGCAGGUUAAUGAAGAUGUAAUGUGUCUCGGAUUCGUGGAUGGAGGGGAGAAUCUUGUGACAUCAAUAGUCAUUGGAGGACAUCAAAUUGAGGACAAUCUUCUGCAGUUUGAUCUAGAUAGAUCUAGGCUCGGGUUUAGCUCUUCACUCUUGUUUAGGCAAACAACCUGUGCCAACUUCAACUUUACAUCUCUUGCGUAA